GCUGAGCCCAAACCAGACCAUGCUUCUCAGAGUUGGAGAGAACAUCAUCUGAAUCCCAGACAGAACGGGGAGGUCUUUCUUCCCUUGGGUGGCAUCCUGUAACUGACCCAAGGUCUUGAAGGGCAGGGUCUCUGAACUAGAGCGACCUCUGCCGGACAACGGAGACGACAACGAAGUCUGGGUCAGUGUGUUCUUGGUUGAGCCUCAGUUGCGGCUUUUUGCUGGCCUUGGUUCGGUGGUUCUGAUGUGUCUCAGUAUCCCCUAGACUCCAGUCCGCUAACAGGUGGACAUGGCCCACAAAGGCCUCUUCCAACACAGCGGCCUGGGUUGGGCCCUGCGACUGAUCCUGGCAUGGAUUUUCUUGGUGGCCUGUGGAGGGAGCCACCCACUGCAAGCUAGGUCCUGGGGACACCCUGGGCUGGCAGCCAAGGUGAGCACAGACCAGCUGCAGCUAGCAGGGCACCUUCAGUCCUCGGUUUUACCACCUUACCCAGGGAUCCAAGUUCCUGGUUCACAGAUACCACCAGUGCCAGAACCUUGCUGUACUACAGAGACAGACAGACCAGAGGCAUCAAGCCCAGAGAGCUUUCUAGAGAGCUGCGGGGCACCAAGCCCAGGAUGUGAAUUCUUCCUGGGACACCUUCAGCGAACACUCCGCGAUCGCUUCUACCCACUGCUGUUCCGGGUACUCUCAGUGCAGCCUCUCUGCCCCGAGCUUUGCCAGAUGUGGUUCACCACCUGCCAUGCAGAUUUUAUUUGUGGCCCAACUUGGCUGCAGUCCUCUGGAAAGAGAGGCUGUGAGCCUAGCUGCCCCACCUAUGGGCAGACCUUCGCCAACGCCACAGAUCUGUGUCACUCUGUUUUGGGUCCCGCGCUACGGGUAGCAGCUCCUGGCUCGAGUCAUUGCCUCAACGUCUCCGGCUCCAUCUCCUCUCCAGGAUCCCACCGCCGCCGCCCUCGUGCCUGGAUUUCAAAUGUUGCAGGCAGCAGCGGCAGUGGCAGCGGAAGUGGUGACAGCCCUGAGUAGACGUUUGGCUCUCAAUAAGUGUCCCUUUCCUAGGCCAGGAGCCACCCAGAGUCCUCUCUCUUCCUCUCUCCUUCCUUCCUAAAUCAGGCCCUGGGGUUGUCUAGUCAGGCCCUCCCACUCAUUUUCCUAGAAACGACCUUUCACUUAUUUUGCUUUCCCAAAAUAAAGUUGCCAGCCUAGACCAUGCUAUACAGCAUACCUACUACUUGGGGAAAUACUUGGGGGAGAACCUGCCAACAAUGAGUCUUAGAGAGGAAAAGGGAAGAACAGAGACCAGUAAUAUGGUCCACAAGCCGACUCUGGUGACCAACGUUCUAUCCCCAGGACUCACAUGGUAGCAAAAACCCAACUCCUACAAGUUGUCCUGUAGGCUUGCCGUGACACUUGUGUCCCCUUUCCCCAAUAAAUAGAUAGAUACAUACAUACAUA